UGUCCUUCCUACCUCCAGCUGCUGCGUGCUGCAGUCGGCUUGCCUGCCCUGUCUGCCUUUUCGCCUGCUGGGAGUUGAGUUGUAGGGUCGGGGGUGGGGGGCGAGAAAGCGUUGAGGGAGAGCGAGCAUAGGGGGGGGGACGUGUGGAUGUGUGGGUCUCAAACUGGAAACCACCACCAAAGCGGCGCAGACUCUUAAUCAUUCAAGCCGACUUCCAAGCCUUCGGACAUGCUGUUGACACUACUUCUGCCGGAAGGACCCUAAACUUGCGCGAUUGUUUUUUUCUUCUUCUUCUGUGGUUUCAGCAGCGCUGUCGCGCUGUGCCGACUGCUCGGAUAGUUGAGAGGAUUCAUUGGUUGGAGCAGGAUUGCGCAUUGGCCCAGCCGUGUAUCCGCCGCGUAUCCCGAGGGAAGAAGAACAAUGAAGCGAUAAACAUUUCCUCCUUUUUCCAAGUCUCGCUGCAGACUUAAAUCCCACUAAGAGUCUUAAAAAAAUCUCGGUGCUUCUUCCCCUGGCUUUCAUUUUUCUCGUGUUGUUUGGGAUGCGUCGGUAGCUGUAGGAUCCCGCUUGUUGACAGUUUUUUUUUUUCUUUAUACAAGAAGUUUACAACAAGUUUCGGACAUAGGAAGACGGAAAAUGUCCACACCGAGGUUCAAAAAGGAUAAAGAAAUUAUCACGGACUACGAGAGUCAAGUCAAAGAGAUCAGGGCCCAGUUAGUGGAGCAGCAGAAAUGUCUGGACCAGCAGACAGAAAUGCGGGUCCAGCUGCUGCAGGACCUCCAGGAUUUCUUCAGGAAGAAGGCGGAGAUUGAGAUGGAGUACUCCAGAAACCUUGAGAAGCUGGCCGAACGCUUCAUGGCAAAGACUCGCAGCACUAAAGAUCACCAGCAAUACAAGAAAGACCAGAAUCUGCUGUCACCAGUCAACUGUUGGUACCUGCUGCUGAACCAGGUUAGGAGGGAGAGUAAGGACCACGCAACACUGAGUGACAUCUACCUCAACAAUGUCAUCAUGAGGUUCAUGCAGAUCAGCGAGGACUCUACACGGCUACUCAAGAAGAGCAAAGAAAUAGCCUUUCAGCUCCAGGAAGACUUAAUGAAAGUCCUCAAUGAGCUAUACACAGUGAUGAAGACGUAUCACAUGUACCACUCGGAGAGCAUCAGCGCUGAGAGCAAGCUGAAGGAGGCUGAGAAGCAAGAAGAAAAGCAGAUUGGCAGGGCUGAUCCUGUCUUCAGCAUUCGAAUGGAGGAAAAAUACCAGAGGCGCAGCUCUGUGAAGAAAAUUGAGAAGAUGAAAGAGAAGCGUCAAGCCAAGUACUCCGAGAACAAGCUGAAGUCGAUCAAAGCGCGGAACGAGUACCUGCUGACGCUGGAAGCGACAAACUCAUCCGUUUACAAAUACUACAUCCACGACUUGUCGGACUUAAUUGAUUGCUGUGAUUUGGGUUACCAUGCCAGUCUGAAUCGUGCCCUCCGUACUUACCUGUCUGCCGAAUAUAACUUGGAGACGUCACGCCACGAGGGUCUUGACAUCAUCGAAAAUGCAGUGGACAGUUUAGAUCCACGAAGUGACCGACAGAGGUUCAUGGAGAUGUACCCUACGGCCUUCUGUCCUCCAGCAAAAUUUGAGUUCCAGCCUCACAUGGGAGACGAAGUAUGUCAGAUCUCAGUGCAGCCACCAGUGAAUGGGGAGCUUAUACUGAGGUUCCAGCAGCUGCAGUCUCGUAUCGCUACUCUGAAGAUUGAAAAUGAAGAGAUCAAAAAGACAUCAGAGGCAACCCUGACCACCAUCCAGGACAUGGUGACCAUUGAAGACUACGAUGUGUCUGAGUGCUUCCACCACAGCCGGUCCACCGAAUCAGUCAAGUCCACAGUGUCGGAGACGUACCUCAGCAAGCCCAGCAUCGCCAAGAGGAGAGCCAACCAGCAAGAGACGGAGCAGUUCUACUUCAUGAAAUUCCGUGAGUUUUUGGAAGGCAGCAAUCUCAUCUCCAAACUGCAGGCCAAGCACGACUUGCUGAAGAGGGCACUUGGUGAAGGCCACCGAGCUGAAUACAUGACCACAAGCCGUGGACGACGGAACUCACACACUCGACAUCAGGACUCUGGACAAGCUAUUCCUCGUGUGGUUGAGAGUUGUAUUCGCUACAUAAAUUUGUAUGGCCUCCAGCACCAAGGAAUAUUUCGUGUACCUGGAUCCCAGCUGGAAGUCAACGACAUCAAGAACUCAUUUGAGAGAGGAAAUGACCCUCUGGCAGACGAUGAGAAUAAUCAUGACAUCAAUUCGGUGGCUGGCGUUCUCAAACUGUACUUCCGAGGUCUGGAGAACCCUCUUUUCCCCAAAGAGAGGUUCAAUGAGCUGCUGUCCUGCAUCAGAAUAGAAAACCUGUAUGAGAGAGCGCUGUACAUCCGUAAGAUCCUCCUGACCAUUCCCAGAUCGGUCCUCAUUGUGAUGCGCUACCUCUUUGCCUUCCUCAACCAUCUGUCCCAGUACAGUGAUGAGAACAUGAUGGACCCAUACAACCUGGCCAUAUGUUUUGGCCCAACACUCAUGCCCACACCAGACAGCCAGGACCAGGUCUCGUGCCAGGCCCACGUCAACGAGAUCAUCAAGACGAUCAUCAUCCACCACGAGACCAUCUUUCCUGAUGUCAAAGAACUGGAUGGGCCCAUCUAUGAGAAGUGCAUGGCGGGCGGGGACUACUGUGAGAGCCCCUAUAGCGAGCAUGGAGCUCUGGAGGAGGUAGACAAUGAGGGAGGAACAGAGACGCACACCAGCGAGGAUGAGGGUGAGCCUAUUGAAGCCAUUGCCAAGUUUGACUACGUCGGGCGCUCUUCUCGAGAGUUGUCUUUCAAGAAGGGCGCCUCCCUGCUGCUGUAUCAACGGGCAUCUGAAGACUGGUGGGAGGGGAGGCACAAUGGGAUUGAUGGCCUGGUGCCACACCAGUACAUUGUAGUCCAAGACAUAGAUGACAACUUCUCAGACACUCUGAGUCAGAAGGCUGACAGCGAGGCCAGCAGUGGCCAUGCUGGGGAGGAUAAAUGCUCAGGAAAAGACAUCGGUUCACCCAAUGACACCAGGAUCUCUGAAGCCUUCAUCACCAGCAGACACAGGAAAAGAUCAGAUCCACCGUCUCGACGGCCACCUGCCCGUCCCAGUGAUGUCCACUGCAUGGUGCAUACCUCCCAGCAGAGUCAUAGUGGACAUGGCGGGACUCCAGAGAUGGGCUCACCAGUUCUAGGCCACUUCAGCCCACGGGACAUGCUGCGAAGUCGCAAUCACGUUGCCAUAGACAGCCCUGAGCGACGGCGCCGCGCUGGCCACAGCAGUCUGACGAAUAUCAGUCGUCACGAGUCCCUGAAGAAGAUGGAGAGCCCACCGAUUCGACGUUCCACGUCCUCGGGCCAGUACACAGGCUUUACCGACGCCCAUCACCACCACCACCACCACCACCACGGCGGCAAGCCCCUGGAUCCGGAGACCAUCGCACAGGACAUAGAGGAAACUAUGAACACUGCUCUGAAUGAGCUGCGAGAGCUGGAGCGGCAGAGCUCAGCCAAGCACGCCCCCGACGUGGUGUUGGACACCCUGGAGCAGCGGCAGACCUCCGGCAGCAGCGGCGGAGGUCCGACGCCGGCCAGCUCCAGCGAGUCCCUCAGCCCCAUCCACGCCGUCAUGCUGCGGUCAACUGCCAACACUGAGCCGCCCACCCGCCGCAGCACCAGCUCCUCCAAUGAUUCUGUGAGCACGUUCAAGCCCGUGGUAGCACCACGCAUGGGGGUGCAGCUCAAACCCCCCGCUUUGAGGCCCAAGCCCAUGGUCUUACCAAAAUCAAAUCAGGCCCCUCAGCCUCCUGCUAAUUCUUCUCAGGACCCUCUGGAUAAGUCCUGCACCAUGUAACCUCCAGGGCGGGAAUCGGAGAAUGUAAAUCAAAAACUCUCAAUCUAGUUCCCAAGAGACUGUGAAACCAGUGUUUACAGUUCUCAGAGAGAGUACAAGUAAUAUCUAAGAGUGUGUAAAAUACUUGGCCCUGGAUUGGAGACAUUUCUUUUUGAUGGUUUGAAUCUGAAAACAAGAAUUUAAAAAGGAUUAGAUCUGAGUUAUUGAUGUAGGAGUUGUAGUGAAGACAGAUUUGUCUGUUGUCUCAGAUUUGUGUUAAUAUGUUUAGGUAAUAUUAAUAUUAAAUAACAGAUAUCUUAAAAAAAAGAUUUUAAAAACAACAAAUCACAAAGGCUUCCGGAAAGUUUUAGAAAAUGUACACAUUAGUUUAGUUUACAGAUGAUAAUGAACUGUAACUCUGAACAACAUGUGGUGCAUGCAGUUCUUGAACCUGUGGUGAGAGCUGUCGUGACCACAGAUUAGAUUUUUCUUUCCCUUUUAUCUAGAAUGGCCUUCGGAGGUGUUGCGAACCAGUACAUAGAUCAUACAUCAGAUGUUCAUUAAUAGAAAAGGUGCUGUGACUUGCUGGGCAGAAAGAGUUUUAAGGAGCCAAAAGAGCCCUUUACAGAUUAUUUAUUAACGGUACUCUGUUAAUAAAUGAAUAGUACUGACACCAGUAUGCUUUUUUCCACUCGCAUGUAAACUGCAGCUUUCUUCAGCAAAGCAUGCCGUCUGUUGUGUUUCGUUAAGUACAAAGAUCACCUCUGUGCUGGCUUCACUCAGAUUUAUUUAAGCAUAUUGCCUGGAAUGACAGAUGAUGAUUGGAUAAAACCACUAUUGCUUUAUGACUUUUACGUCUGAACUUUUUGAUGCGUUCAUAAAUUCCUGCAACGUUACCUUAGGUUGUGGGAAGAAAUGCGCCUGAUAUGUGUUUGCUUUUGCAUCUGUGUAACCUUUAGGGAGAAAAUGAUGAUGAAAAAUAUGUUGUUACACUGCGUGGACUACAUGCCAUAGCUUCCUUUUAUGCCUUGUUUGGCUUUAUUUACCCAAAGACAUGAGUUUAUAAGUCAAAGCACGGAUACUGAUCCUUCAUGUUUAGACUCAAGGUGGCGCCCUGUGGUUGUGCUGCCAGUAGCCAUGGACCUGAUGACUGUUAGUUGUAAAAGCCUCCUAAUACGUUCCCCCUGCUUCCUGUGCUUCUCUUUGCGAAGGUGUUUGAAAACAGCAGCUUGCUUUGAGUCCUCUAGUCUGUUUUAUAUUUGGGAAAGAAUGUCAAUAAUGUUUGCAUACUGCUCUCAGACUGACAUUGAAGCUCUUUUCGCGCAUUUACCGAUUUGUGUGGAUGAUACUUAGAAGUGCAUGGAAAGAAAUGGGCUACGUGGGUCAGUCAGCUCCUAUAUAAUGAUUUCAAAAUGCAAUAGCCUCAUAAAAUUGUAUGUGCCAGACUUCCAGUUUUGUGGCUGCACCCCUGUAUGUCUCCAUUUGUUUUUGUUUUUUUAACCUCUGUGCUGUAGAAAUAACAGAGCCGGGUGCAUGUCAUUGGAGUGUUUGGCUAGCAUAGUUACAUAUAGAAAAGAGUUUGGUAGUUAGGUUGCAGUGCAUAAGCAAUGCUCUCUAACAGCAGGUUUACACUAUCUUUGACUUGACAAAUAUUAUAUGUAUAAAUAAUUAAAGGUUAAUUAAUUUCUGAAUUACUAACUUUCAUUAUUUUUGUAAUCUUCUUUUUGUUAUAUUUGUUGUGUUUCUGGGUAGAAAUCACUUAGAAGAUAUGAUGUAGAAUAAAUAUCCAGAGAUACAGGUGUCCCACCUAUAGUGUGAAGCCAGUUGUGUAUAUAAAAAAUGUGUUUUUGUCACUAUGUAACAUCAGCAACAGUAGGACUCAAGUUAUGCCGUCUGUAGGCUUUAAGCUGCUCUGUGCUGUUAUGUACAUCUGUAUUCUGUGAAAGUGCCUUUGGAAAUGUUUUAGAGGAACUUCAGACACUCUGCCCGGUCGCAUAUUAGAUGCCGUGUUUUUGAGAAAAUGCAGUGCAGGAUGAUGAAGUGUAUAAGAAAUUAUGCCAUUUUCCAAACAGUUAUAUGGCAGAAUUGAUCAUAAAUAAACAGCUUACUCAAUGUGACAUUGCACUUUUAUGUAUAUAACUGUAUAUAUGGCAUGUAAUAUCAUAACGUUUAGAGUUCAUUCAAGGAUUUCUUUCUAAUAAAGGAAAUAGUUU